UCCAAAUUCAUUGCACAACUCUUUGAAGAUUCUUGUGUGGGUCGCACUACCGCGGAUGACAUUUACUAUCUUUACUACUUUGGUUAACACGUCAAGUAAAGCAGGUGGAAGAGUGCUCACUGCUAAAGCAUAACGAUGUAUGAUGCAGUGACUAAAGGUAGCGUGCGGAGCAACAUUUUUGACCAAUGUUUGGAAUCCGGAACGGACGCCCAAUAUGGCUGGUGCUCCGUCUGUACAGACACCCACUAACUUCGACCACAGUGGCAUGUUUACCUCGAGGAACUUCUUUACUAUUCGGAAGACAUCUUCGCCACGCGUAGUCGUGCUCAAGGAUUCUGAGAACAAGUACCGAACAUACACAAGUAGUUGGGAACAGGACGCUACGUCGGUCGACUCAUCUAACUGGAUUGCAAAGAAGGGACUUGAUCUUAUUUCGUUGAGCACCGUGUUCAAAAUUUGUUUGCUCAUGUCCUCGAUACGACUUUUGAUGGUGUUGUUCGAAAGUGAUAUCAGAUUAAUCUUCUCCGCAUGAUGUUCUCCAAGAACGAGCUUAACCGCACCCAUUAUGCAAGGUUUGAUGAGGUCCUCUCCUAUGGUAUGCGGCUUCUUGUUUUUGGCGAUUCGAAGCGCAAUGCGAUACGAAGCUUCAAGACCAGCCUCAUUUGCCUGAGAAAAGGAGUUCGAUGUAUCCAGG